AACGGAGGGCGGGGAGGAGGAGGUGGGGGAUAUGGUCAAACCCACCACGACCUAAACAGCUCCAGGAGGGAGAGGAGGGAGGAGAGCCGCAGCCCGCAGCAGCAGCAGCAGCAGCGUCGCAGCCCCGCUUUCAGCCUGCAUGGGCUAGUCGGUUAGCUAGCUUAGCAUCGUCCGACUGCGCCGCACCGCCUCUCCUGCCGCCGAGAACCCCGGGGUUGUUAUCGCCGUGUUUUUCCUCUCCGUCCCCCCGCAACCACCGGGUCCUGCCUAACCCCCUCUGCCCGGCUUCAAGAUGAUGAAGUUUAGGUUUCGUCGGCAGGGCACUGACCCGCAGAGAGAGAAGAUAAAACAGGAGCUUUUCGCCUUCAACAAGACCGUGGAGCAUGGGUUUCCCCAUCAGCCCAGCGCUUUGGCCUUUGACCCCAAGCUGCAACUCAUGGCCAUCGGCACAAAAUCAGGAGCCAUCAAAGUUUAUGGGGCCCCUGGUGUGGAGUUCACAGGACUUCACAAGGACACCACUGCAGUUACACAGAUCCACUUCCUGCCUGGGCAGGGCCGUCUGCUGUCACUCCUGGAUGACAACACGAUUCACCUGUGGGAGUUGGUGGCGGGGGCCCCCAGAGAGGUGGGAGGGGUUAAGAAAGAGGGUGUGGUCUCCCUCCAAGAAGUGGGCAACUACAGCCUCCCAGGACGACCUGGCAUCGAGAGCUGCAGUGCCACCCGGGUGACUGUCCUCCUCUUGCUGAGGUCAUGUGACCUGCUCUGCAUUGGAACAGAGGGAGGGGGCGUGUACUUCCUGCAGUUGCCCCGCCUCUCACUGAAAGACAACCAUACGCUUCUUCAGGAUCAGGUCACGCAGAGCCUGCCAGAUGACUACAGAUGUGGGAAAUCCUUGGGGCCGGUGGAAUCUCUUCAGGAACAUCCUCAGCAGUCAGGGAAGAUUUUGAUUGGCUACAGCCGAGGACUGGUGGUCCUAUGGGAUCUGAGCACUCGUCACGCAGACCAGCUCUUCCUGGGCAAGCAGCAGCUGGAGAGCCUGGUGUGGGAACGCACUGGAAACUUGUUUGUCAGCUCCCAUAACGAUGGGGGCUACUCUGUGUGGCCCGUUACCAGUGGCAACACUUGCAGUCACCAGCCAGUGACCUCCACCAUCCCAUAUGGUCCAUUUCCCUGCAAGGCCAUCAGCAAGAUCCUGUGGAGGACAACACAGACAGGUUCUCCGGUGCUGUUAUACAGCGGAGGGAUGCCCAGAGCCAGCUACGGGGACCGCCACUGUCUGACCAUCCAGCAGGACAAGGACCACGUCACUCUCGACUUCACAUCACGAGUCAUCGACUUCUUCACUGUCCACAGCACAGAGCCAGAGAAAGAGUUUGAUGACCCGUCAGCGUUGGUAGUCCUACUAGAGGAGGAGCUGGUUGUAAUUGACCUCCAGACCCCCGGGUGGCCCUCUCUGCCCACUCCCUACCUGGCUCCUCUCCACUCCUCUGCCAUCACUUGCUCCUGCCACAUCUCCAGCGUCCCUCCUAAACUGUGGGAGAGGCUGGUCAAUGCCGGCAAAGCACAGCAGGGCCGACAACACACACACAGGAGUUGGCCCAUAUGUGGAGGGAAAAACCUGGCGCCCCCACCCAAACAACAAGAGCUGCUGUUGACAGGACAUGAGGACGGCACUGUUCGCUUCUGGGAUGCAUCAGGUGUUGCUCUGACUCCGCUGUACAAACUCAGCACAGCCAAUGUCUUCCACACCGACUGUGACCCCAGUGAAGACCCUCAGGACCCCAGCGACGACCCCGACAUGCAGCAGGAGGAGGAAUGGCCUCCCUUCAGGAAGGUGGGCUGUUUCGACCCGUACAGCGAUGACCCCCGGCUGGGCAUCCAGAAGAUCAGUCUGUGCAAAUACAGCAACAAGCUUGUGGUGGCUGGAACUGCUGGACAGGUGAUAGUGUUGGGUUUGAGUGACGAGCGUUCAGACCACUUGGUGGACGUGUCGGUGGUUGACCUGCUGCAGGACAGGGAGGGCUUCACCUGGAAGGGCCACGACAGGCUGGAGCCACGCCUUAAACCCGCCCCCUUCCCCCCAGGCUUCCAGCCACUGGUGCUGGUGCAGUGCCUGCCCCCGGCCUCUGUCACAGCAGUGGCACUGCACGCCGAGUGGAACCUGAUCGCCUUUGGGACAAGUCAUGGGUUCGGCCUGUUUGACUACCACCGAAGAAACGCAGUGCUGGCCAGGUGUACCCUGCACCCUAAUGACUCAUUGGCGAUGGAGGGCCCGCUGUCCAGAGUCAAGUCCUUGAAAAAGUCCUUACGGCAGAGCUUCAGACGCAUCCGCAAGAGCAGGGUGUCGGGGAAGAAACGCACCAUCACCACACCCACCAGCAAGGUCCAAGAGGCCAACGCUGCUUUAGCGGAGCAGGAGGAAGUGGCUCCGGUACAGCGAAGGAUUGAACCGCGGUCAGCUGAUGACUCGCUGUCAGGAGUGGUCCGAUGUCUUUGCUUCGCUGACACCUUCCUGCGUGAUGGUACACACCACGGCCCCACACUAUGGGCGGGCACCAACUCAGGCAGCGUGUACGCCUACGCUCUGGAGGUGCCCGGCGUGGGCACGGGACGCGUGUGCGAGCGUGGCGGAGCGAGCGAGAGCAGCGUGUGCGUGGAGGCGGUGUUGGGUAAAGAGAUCCAGCUGAUGCACAGGGCUCCAGUGGUGUCAAUCUGCGUACUGGACGGCCGGGGGAAACCACUACCAGACCCAUACGAAGCCUCCCAGGACCUCGCCAUCACACCGGAUAUGACCAACGCUCACUCUGUCCUCAUUGCAUCAGAGGAACAGCUCAAGGUCUUCUCUCUCCCCAAGGUGAGUGCCAAGACCAAGUUCAAGCUGACGGCGCACGAAGGCUGUCGAGUGAGGAAGGUGGCCCUGGUGGUCUUCAGCUCCACGGCUCAGGAAGACUACAGUGAACACACACUGGUGUGUCUGACAAACCUGGGAGACAUGCACCUCUUUAACAUACCGGGCCUCCGACCACAGGUGCGCUACGACUGCAUCCGCAAAGAGGACAUCAGCGGCAUUGCAUCCUGUGUCUUUACCAAGAACGGACAAGGCUUUUACCUGAUCUCUCCUUCAGAGUACGAGAGGUUCUCACUGUCUGCCAAGGUCAUCACUGAGCCGCUCUUCUCUGUUCAGCUCGACCGACCACUGGAGCCCACACCUGCCAGCGAUGGUACGACGACGCAGCCGCAGGCCAACGGAACCCACAAGAACCAGAUGGGUCAGGCUGAGGGGCAAACAGAGGAGCCUCCGAGCUCCCUGUCCUCUCCCAUCCUGGACACCCCGCUGGACUCCCCCCUCAGCUGCGCCGACCUCACCCUCGACUCCACCGGAGAGCUCACCGUGGAGGACGUCAGGGAUUUCCUAACCACUGUGGACGAAGCAGAGAAUAACCUAAAGAACAUUAAAGAGGAGGAGGGACGCUCGACCGGCAUCCUCAUCAACUGAACAGUAUUACAGGGAGGGGCUCAAGUGGACUGGAUGGACCCGGUUUCAGUGCUGCAUCACAAACCUCUCCCAUCAGCCCACUGUGGAGCCCCCAUCCAGCACUCUGCACUCUCCUGUCAGCCUGGCACAAACUGGGAGGAAAGUCUCACCAUGGACAAAGAAUACAAUGUUGAAGACUCUUGUUGUGGCUUCUUCUACUGGAAGAACAAAAUCAUCUUCUUCUUUUGUAACCACUUUGGAAACAUGACAUCACCUCCUGCAUGGAGACACAGACUGUCCCACUGAGGAUCGCCUGGUUCUGGGCGGAAUCUGGAGCUGACGAUUCUGAUUUUUAAGAACUAAAGGCUGAUUUUUUUUUUCGUCCAUCUCGAUGAUCCGUGCGAUCACUCCUCUGCCUUUUUCCCCACGGCGACUUUGUGGUUUCAGGGCAUUCCCCGGCCGCCGGAGGUGGUCAUGCUUAAUGACUGCGGCUCAGCCUUCGAGGAAAGGGCUGUUACACUCUGCAUAGGAGACUUACCGGUGACGUUUCUGUGUUUUUAUUUUUCUACCCACAGUUUUGUGGCGUGCUUGGCUCAGCCUGAGUUUUCCCCCCACCGUUGGAACUGGAAUUGGUGCUCCAUCGCCAAACGCGCUUGUCGGUUCCUCGUGCACACUAGUGGGUGUGAUGGAUUGUUCAGCACGCUGGCUUAACAACACCACAGCCCUGUGAAUGAACCGUAUCCAGCAAAGACUGAGAGAGGGAGCAUUGUAGUGUUUGAAGAGAUCAAAACUAGCAAAGGAAGUAUUUUGAAUAUUUGACUAUUAAAAGUUGUAGCAUUUCUAUUCUUCCCCCUCUAAGGUGCCAGUAAGGGCAGUUGAAUUGCCUUACUUAGUGUCAUGUGUGGGUGGAAGUGGUGCAUAAAUUAGCUGUUUUCAAACCAGAGUUGUUACACACAAGCACAUUUUCACCAAGGUUUUAACAAGCUCUCUGUCUACUCUCUUGGUGUUGGAAGACAAAAACUGAGCACUGAGAUACUGAAGAUGUUUUGUAUCGCAGAAAUUGAUGCUCUAUUACAUAUGUUUUGUAUGGCUUUUGGAGAAAGUAAAGAUAUUUUAAUGACAAAUAGAGUUGUUGGGGGGUGGGGGUGGGGGUUACAAGAGGAAAGACUAGACAGUGAUUUCAAAGGGAACCAGCUGGUGAAGAGGGAAGAGAAGUUGGUGCUAUGUAUUUGGGACUAGAGCACAUUUAGGUUAAAUAAUAUUUUUGACAAUUUUUCAAAUACCUUUAUUGGACAAUGCAUGGUCCAAGUUGCAGAUUUCAAUUUGUUAAAUUCUGUUAUUUUUUUUAUCAGGCAAAACUGGGUCAAAUGUCAUGUGAGGAAAAGUUGGGCACGUCAUUGGGGGGUGGGUGGGUGGCUAUGGUACGGCACAGCUGCAGUGAAUUUUUCUAACCAGCCUCAUAUUCAGUGAAACAUCUGGCUGCUCUUCCAGCUUUCAUCUGUGACACCACUGUCGUCUCAUUUUACAAUAAGGUGGCCAUGCUUGUUGGCACCCUGUGAUGUGAAGUUACAGUAUUGUUGUAUAACCCCUCACAGACUCAGAGUAUGAGUAUGAGUCAUCUCGUUUGAUAAAACCUGGAUUGAUAGAAGUGAUUAUUUACUCAGUAAUUCAAAAUAAAGAGAAGGGUAUAAAGGCAAAGAAUGUGGUUAAAAUGAAGAGUGUUAAAUCCUCCCUCCUCUGUUUCAUCAUCUCGCGCAGACAUCUUUUUGACAGGACUCAGGGAAGUGUGGCAAGGGAAGUAAAGUCAGUCUGAACGUUAAGUGUAAUGUACUGUGAUGCAUCCAGGAGAUUUCUGUUUUGGUUUUCUGUGAAUUGGUGCAUUCUGGGUAAUACUGGCUAGAUGCAGAGCUUUGUUCACCAGUAUUUUAACCCCCAACCCCCCUUAUUUUAAAAAAACAUGUUGCAGCAUAAACAAAAAUUUAUACAGUGUCUAUAUCUAGGUCUGAAAAAGACGGGUUUGUAACGGUAAGCCGAUGAUAGAGUAAAAUGUUGGAACCUGUCGUAGCUUGAAAACCGCUCAGUAUUCCUAGCUUCUUGAUCAAACAAAAUAAAGUAAAAAAGGGACCUCACUACUAACUAAUGUAGCUCAACAGGUAGGAAUCAUGUUCAUGCUUUUUUUUUUACUCUUGUCUUAGCUUUUUUCGGUGUUCCGGUUGAUACACAAAUAAAUAACCCUUUCAUGCUACAGCUGGCACGAUUUAUCUUUUUAACUCCACAGUUAAGAUGAAUUUGUUUCUACUUUGUGAUUCAAUUUCGUGAGUAGGAUUUUAAUCGGGUCAUUUAGCGUUUUUGGCUGAUGAAGAAUUGUGAAUGUUAAUAAAAUUAUUUACUCUCUCCA